AUGGCUGAGAAGAAUCCAGAACUGCUCGACCACAACUACGACGGCAUCCAGGAGUACGACAACCCUACUCCAGGUUGGUGGCACCUCAUCUUCUGGGGCACCAUCAUCUGGUCCGUCAUCUAUGUCAUCGUCUGGCACAUGACCCCGCUCAUCCCCGAUCGCAUCACACGACUGGAGAACACACGCCAGAUCGCGAUCGAGAAACAGUUUGCGCAGCUCAUGACCAUCGAUGAUCCAAUCACCAAGGUCCGCACCGUCAUGGGUGACGAGAACUGGCUCGAGCAAGGUGCCUCCGUAUACGCCGGGACAUGCGUGCUCUGCCACGACAAAAACGGACAGGGACUCAUCGGACCAAACCUCACCGACAAUCACUACAAGAACCUCACGGAUCUUGAAGGGAUGAUCGAUGUGAUCACCAACGGCGCCGCGAACGGAGCGAUGCCCGCGAAUGUGAACCUCCUCGACGAGAAUGAGAUCGCACUCGUCGUCGGAUAUGUCGCAUCACUCCGUGGACAGAUGCUCGAAGGUCCACGCGGCGUAGAAGGCGAAGAAAUCGCCCCAUUCCCAGAACCAAUCUCCGCAGAUCAAGGCGGUUAA